GUAGUCUUAGCUCUGUGUGUUACUGACUCUUGCCUGUGUGUUUGCUUCUAGUUCUUUAAGGCCUUUUCCAAGAAUGGCUCAGGAUCAACACUGCCAGUGGCUGGUGCUGAUGUGGAGAUGCUGCGGAAGAGGCUCAUCGACGCCUUGGAGUCCCAUAGUGACACGUGGCCCCCCACCUUUCCCCCGCUGGAGCCGGCCAGGCUGGAGGAGAUUGAUGGAUUCUUUGCGAGAAACAACGAUGAUUACCUGGCCCUGAUCUUUGAAAAGGAAGGCUCCUACCUGGGUAGAGAGGUGAUUCUGGACUUGUCCCAGCACCAGGGCAUAACAGUGCGCAGGGUCCUGAACACGGAGGGUGACGUGGUGAGCAAGUUUGGGGUCACCGACUUCCCGUCUUGCUACUUGCUGUUUCGGAAUGGCUCUGCCUCCCGGGUCCACGUGCUUGUGGAAUCCAGGUCCUUCUACACCGCUUACCUGCAGAGGUUCUCCAGCGCCCCCCGGGAGGCUGUCCCCACCAAGGUCGUGCCAACCACUGCUCACACGGUAGCUCCCAUUGUGUGGAAAGUCGCAGAUCGCUCCAGGAUCUACAUGGCUGAUCUGGAAUCUGCACUGCACUACAUCCUACGGGUAGAAGUGGGCAGAUUCUCUGUCCUGGAGGGGCAGCGUCUGGUGGCCCUGAAAAAGUUCAUGGCAGUGCUGGCCCAGGUGAGCAGGGCCCCAGCCUCCCUUGCCACACCUCCCUCGGGAGCUCCUGGUCUGGCUGGACAUCUGGACCCACAGCUGUCCCCGUCCACCGUGGGCUGCUACCCUGCAGUCUCAGUCAUACCCUGCACCGGGCUUGCACUGCCAGGGACAGCGCCCUUCCCAGCCCACCCUGUGCAGGUGGCUGGGUAGGGCAGGGCCAGAUGCCCUGGGGAAUGUUCUGCGCUGAUUCGGUGACCGUGGCUUUGCCUGGGUCCUCCACCGCAGUCUGAGCCUGGAGUGUAGCCGUGGUCACUGGGGAAGCAGGACCCGUGGAUGCCACAGGGAAGGAAAGAAGGCUUUUCUGAAUCUCCUCUCUUCCUUCCCCGUCACUGAUCAUAGUCUGACCAGGGCCUUGGCCCUAGCCACGCCUGCCUUAUGCCUUUGUAGUUUCCUGCCGACAUGGCUACUCUCUGAAGUGUAGCUCCUGCCUACUGGGGGUCUGCUGUGUGUCAGGCAUUUAAUCCUCUUGCCUUUGCCCAGUGGCAAGUAUUACCCCCAUUUAAGAGGCCCAGGUUGUUCAAGGGACUCGCCUUAUGCCUCCCAGUGAGGAGGUGUUAUGAGGAUCUGAGAUUUCUGGCUGCAGAGCCUGUGGUCUUUUCUUUGCCACACGGCCUCCUCAUCUCUGAAGGUGAGGUGCAGGCCCCCUUCCCCCUGCACCUGUCUCCUUCUCCCUCCCUGCAUCCUUUGGUCUGCUUCCAGAUCCCCUGCCAUUGCUGCCCUACUUAAAACCCAAGGCUCCGGGCUGCUGAGGGCUGCUGAGUCAGAUGCGGGCCUGGUCCCCUCCACAGGCUGACUGCUGACUCAGCCACCCCCCCGCCGUC